AUGUGCGCGAAACAUGCGGACGAUAAACUGAAAUAUUGGUGCACAAUUUGUUCACAACUUGUUUAUCGAGACUGUCUUCUAUUUGCACACAAAGAUCAUAUGGUUGUAUCAAUUCAAGAUAAGUGCAAGAAAACAAUGGAUGAAUUUCGUACAUUCGCUAAACAGAAUGAACUGAAAAAGAGCAAUUUAAGUACGUUGAGUAACAAAUUGACCUGCGCUCUCUAUGAACAACAGCGGAAGAAAGAAGAAAUGAAAACUGACAUUCAGCAAAUGACAACCAAAUGUUUAAUUCUGUUGCUUAAACGAGAAAAGCAAUUGCUCGAAGAAAUUGAGAAUAGUGAUCAGAAACAGCAGUUGCAAUUGAAACGACAGCAGCAACAAGUGAGAGCGCAAUUAGAAGAUUUAACGACAAAAGACGUGUUUCUUCAGAAAAUUAUGAAAAUAGAAGAUCCUAUCAGAGUCCUGCAGGCGAGGAAAGAUAUUCUUACAACACUUUCAUCGAUGAACAACCCUUAUGAGGAAUCAUUUACAGUCUACACAUAUAGAUUUGACCAUAGAAAUUACGCUAGUUUAUCGACGAUUGUCGGCGAACUUGGUGAGAUUUUCAUUAGCAAAUAUAAACUUGACAAAACAGAUGCAACAUCACCAAUUACAUCCAUACUAAAUCUGUCAAAGCAGAACGGUAUCGAAAAGCUUAACGCAUCUACAUAUCCAGGUGGUUACAAACUAACAUUGAUUAAAUCUAUUAAACUUCAUGCUAUAUGGAUUAAAACCAAGAACUGUUCAAUAAUGAAAAUUUUGAUAUUCAAUCGAAAUCGCUUAUUGACAAAAGAGUUAAUAGUCAAUAUCAAUCAAACUUCGGCUGAAAGUGAAUGGUGGACAAUCUCAGUCCGUCCACCGGGAAAAGACAGUUGGAAAUACAAAAUGGCGGUUAUAUUUUAUUGUAUGCAAACAAAAAUGAUUCCAGCGCGAUUUGUUUUAGAUAUCUGCGUAAAAAAGAAUUAUGACCAAUCGAAACAAAUUGUACGGUCGAAGAUGUUUUCGUCAAAGAUGAGCGGUUUGAUCAAAAUAAUGUAA